UAUUUAGAGUUUGGACUUUGGAGCCCAUUUAGUUUAGGAUAAAGCAACCUCAACAAUUGCAAAAGAUACUGAAUUUCCUCUCUUUUCAAAUCCCAUAACCAACUCUACCUCUUCUCUAUCUCAGUUUCCUGGAAUGGCUGCCACACAGCUUACAAGUACUUCAUCUCUAACUAUCAAAAAUUUACCCUUGUUCAAAGGCCUUCGCUCUUCUUCUGGAAUUUCAAAGAUCAAUGUUUCUGUUGCAUAUCCUAGUUCUACUUCAAGGUCAUUCCGUGGUUUGGCUGUUAACGCUGCCUCUGUAACCUCAAACAAGUAUACAUCAGUUAAGCCACUGGGAGAUAGAGUAUUAGUAAAAACAAAGAUUAUUGAGGAGAAGACCACUAGUGGAAUUUUUCUUCCUACAGGUGCACAAAAAAAACCUCAAUCAGGGGAAGUUGUUGCCAUCGGUUCAGGCAAGAAAGUUGGGGAUAAAAAUCUGCCAGUUGCCGUCAAGACUGGUGCCGAAGUUGUAUAUUCCAAGUACACAGGUACUGAAAUAGAAGUGGAAGGAUUAAGUCAUCUGAUACUCAAAGAAGAUGAUAUAAUUGGCAUUCUAGAGACUGAUGAUGUUAAGGACCUCAAGCCUUUAAAUGAUCGCCUGUUGAUUAAGGUUGCUGAGGUUGAGAAUAAGACUGCUGGAGGAUUGUUGCUGGCAGAGUCAACUAAGGAGAAGCCUUCAUUUGGCACGGUAGUUGCAACAGGUCCUGGUUCUUUAGACGAAGAGGGAAAUAGGACUCCACUCCCUGUUUCUCCAGGAAAUACAGUUUUGUACUCCAAAUAUGCCGGAAAUGAUUUGCAGGGUGCUGAUGGCUCUGACUACAUUGCAUUGAGAGCAUCGGAUGUGAUGGCUGUGCUAUCUUAGAUCGUCUCAUACCUUAUAACUUUUUCUGUCAGUUAUAGAUUUAAUCUUUGUAGCUCAUUCUGCCUCACCUUAAGAUUUCAGGGCUCUUAUGUUAAGCAAAUUGAUAUUGCUAGCAAAACCAUUCAUCAAACAUUGCUUUAGUACAUUUUUGUAGGUUAUGAUGAGUUGAAUGUGUUAUUAAAUUUCUACAUUCAGUAAAGGCUGGAGAGUAACAUUUUCUUGUCUACUUUUAUACUCAUUUGCUGCCAAAAUGUCACUAACAAGCUUUGCUUGGAUGUUGAAAAUUUAAA